AUGGCGGAGUUGAGGUCAGCAGCAACAGCAGAGGGGCUUAGCUUCUCGCCUUCUAUGAUGGCUGAGGGUGCCCCUUCUUCAUUCUCCUUUCAGAACCGCAGCAACAUGAUGGGAGGAGAAACUCUACCUAUGCAGAUCCGCAGCAACAGCAAGCUUUCAGGGUUUAAUUCCUUUAAAGAAGUUGCAGCAGCAUCACCUGAAAAUGCACAUUGGGUUGAGAGGCCUCCUUCCGCUACCCCACCUGCUCCUUGGGGAGGGAUAAGUGCUGCUGCUGCAGCAGCACCUGCUGCUGCAGCAUCUCCAGCAGCAGCACCUGCAGCAGAAGGAGGCCCAAUAUCCCCUCCCUUGCUUCCGUCUCGCGAUAUAACUUCAGCUGGAUGUUGCGGCCCCAUAGCAGCAGCAGCAGCAGCAGUAGCAGCAGCAGCAGCAGGAGCAGGAGCAGAGGGUUCUCCGCAGCUGGAUAUACACCCGAGCAACAGCAACUUGCAUGCGCUGAUUCCGAGUAAAUUUAAAUAUAAAUUUCCUAGAGAAAGAAUGCCUAGACACAGCAGCUAUGAGGUGCUUGCAGUUGAAGACAAUCCUUAUGCUGCUCCUUUGCCCCCUCCUCCGCCUAAGCAGCCCCAUAAGAAGAAAUCAAUAUUCGGUAUAGCGAAACGCAUGCAGCAGCAGCAGCAGCAGAAUAUGCAUUUAAUGAAGCGGCCAGACGACCUCUCAGCAGCAGCAGCAGCAGCAGCAGCAGGGGAAGAAGGUGCAGCAGCAGCAGCAGCAGCAGCAGCAGCAGGAGGAAAGGGAUGGAUGCACGAUUUUCGCUGCUUUCUUUGUACAAGUGCUGACUAUGUUAGUGAUGAACAAACGCAAUUAGAAGUUGAGAAGAAUCAGCUAGAAGAGGCUUUGAUAGAAUUUCAAGCAGAGCGGCGAUCGCAGUCUCUGCGUCUGCUGCAGCUGAAGAGCGAAUGCGAGAAACAAAUCGAAGAAAGAGCAAAAGAAUAUAAACAGACGGACUUAUCGCUUGCUCUUCUUCGAGAGCGCUUCGAUAGCAGCAUGACUAAUCUCCUUCAUUCAGAGCCGCAGUCAGUAGAGGCUAUCACAGCAAAAUUGCAGCAAGUUUACGCCGGGCUGAGCGACGCAAUGUCAAAAGUACUUCCGACGGGCUCUGCUGCUUCAGCAGCAUCAGAGGCAGCAGCAGCAGCAGCAGCACAACAGCAACAACACCUUCAAUCAGCUGCUGCUGCUGCUGGCUCUGCUGCUUCAGCAGCAUCAGAGGCAGCAGCAGCAGCAGCAGCACAACAGCAACAACACCUUCAAUCAGCUGCUGCUGCUGCUGGUGCUGCUGCUGCUGACUCUGACGGCAGCCCGAAGCUAGCAGCAAAGACAACAGCAGCAAAGAAGAAGAAGAAGAAGAUAACAACUAAAAAAGCAUUAAAAUCUCGCAAGAAAGGCACAACGAAGAGAAAGACUGCCGGGCAGCACACAGUAAAAAAGAAUAAAAAAAUUAAAACAAAGUCUUCAAAGCAAGCUAAGAGCAAUAGUCAUAAACAAAGAACUCUGAAGAAGAAAAGCAAAAAAGCACCAGUGAGUUCAAAGGCAGCAGCAGAAGCAGCAGCAGCAGCAGCAGCAGAUGCAGCAGCAGCAGCAGCAGCAGCAGCAGCAGCAGCACCCCCUGCUGCUGCUGAAGCCAAUAGAGAGGCCUCCAGCUCUUCUUCAAUGUUAUCUGCUUCGUAUUCUCUCAGCCAGGAGGCAUCACUGCAAGCAGCAAACCUCAGCAGAAACAUUAGCAGCAGCAGAUUGGCCGCAAUCGCAGCCCAACAGCAGCAGCAGCAGCAGCAGCAGCAACAGAGGCAGCAGCAACUGCAGCUGCUGCUGUAUUCAACAGAUUCUCAACCAAAAGCAACAGAAGGAGAUAUGGCUAGUAAAAUGCUGCUAGCACGCUUACAGCAGCAGCAGCAGAUGCAGCUGCAGCAGCAGCAGCUGCAGCAGCAGCAGCAGCAGCAGCAGGAGAGGCAGAGUUCAAAAGAACUGCUGCACAAGGACAGCACACAUGAAGUAAAAGAGGAAGAAGGUAGCAGCAGCAGCAGACGCAGCAUGCAGAAGCCUCUGCCUCCAGCCAAUGAAAAUGCUGCAGCAGCAGCACAGCAAAGAAAUCCUAGCGGCACCCAGCAGCAGCAGCAGCAGCAGCAGCAGCAGCAACAGCAAUCGAAGCCAGCGCCCUUCCCCACCAGCAACAACAACAACAACAAGAGCAACGACAACAGCAACAACAGCAGCAGCAACAGCAGCAGCAACAGCAGCAGCAGCAGCAGCAGCAGCGAUGCAUUUAGUUUGAUUCGCAAGAAAUCUCUCGGCCGUCUUUGGUCUCUGCGCUCUCCGCCUAUGAUGCCUGUAGGGGUUUAUCAGAAGUUUUAUUCAACACAAAUAAACAACACUCGAUCUAACUAA